AUGAAGCUGCCGCCACAUCGACCGGGUGUGGAUCAUGAAGUCAACCUGCAGCCUGACAAGAACGGCAACGAGCCACCCCUUCCAGGAUUCAUCCGAGCGAGUAGCUCAGCGGCUGCCGCGCCGGUGCUGUUCCGCGACCGAUACCCACUGCCCUCAUCGCGGAGACCCUGCAGAAUCUGGCCAAGGCUAAGUGGUUCACCAAGAAAGACUGCAUUUCGCACGAGGUUUGGGCUCUACGAGUGGCUCGUGUGCCCUUUCGGCCUGAGCGGCGCCCCGGCAUCAUUCCAACGAUACAUGAACAGUGUAUUGCGCGAAUGGCUGGACGACUUUGUCACAGCGUACCUGGAUGAUGUACUGAUCUACUCGAGCGGUUCGAAGGCGGAUCAUGAGGCUAAGGUGCGACGAGUUCUCCAAGCACUCGCCGACGCUGGGCUGCACCUAGACCCAGCGAAGAAAGGAAUCGCCUGCGACCCCGAAAAGCAGCGCGCCAUCCGCGAAUGGGAGGCCCCGACCACGGUGAAGGGUGUCAGAAGCUUUCUGGGCUUCGCCAACUAUUACCGGAUCUUCAUCCCCGACUAUGCCAAGAUCACGCAGUCUCUGGAUGCCCUGCUUAAGAAAGGAACUGCCUUUCAUUGGGGACGAGCGGAGAACGAGGCGUUUCAGGAGCUGAAGCGACGAUUUUGCGAGUCACCGGUGCUCAAGCAGUGGGACCCGAGCCUCCCGACCUUUUUGGAGACGGAUUGCUCAGGCUACGCAUUGGGAGGCGUCCUGUCGCAGGAAGGCCCAGAUGGACGUCGACACGCAUGCGCCUUCUUCUCGAAGCGACUUUCGCCAGCGGAGUACAACUAUCCCAUUCACGACAAGGAGAUGCUUGCCAUCAUGAGAUGUCUCGACAACUGGAACGCCGAACUUAGGAGCUGCGGCCCAUUUACAAUCCUUACCGAUCACCGCAACCUGGAGGCAUCCACCCUGCCGAAGAUGAAGGUCUUCGAGGUAGCGGACCUGCAGCAACUCUGGGACGAAACGGUGGCGAAGGACUCGAUAUUCCGGGCAGCCUAUAAGGCAGUCCGCGAUCGCGAGCGUGCCUUCCCGCCCUCGCUGGGCCUGAAGAUCCAGAUUUCAGAAUGUGCGAUCGACGCAGGCAAAGGCUGA